AUGACGUCCAUGAAUCGAAGUAACAACAACAACAGGAGGGUAUACGUAGGUAAUUUACCUUCCAAUAUAGAUGAGAGAGAUUUGGAAGAUAUUUUUUACAAGUACGGCGAUAUUGCUGACGUUGACUUGAAACUACCGCGUUAUGGUACUGGCGGCACUCCGUUUGCCUUUGUUGAAUUUCAGGAUCCAAGGUACGCACAUAAAUAUGUGAUGUAUUUCUUUUGAACCCUUUGAAAUACUUUGCACGAUAUCCUUUUGAAUAGCUUGGAUGGUAGGUUUUCUAGACUUCAAGGAGUUCGGGUUUCGAUUUCAUUUGUGACGUUGAGAUCGAGAAGGCUUUGUUAAUAACGUGUGGCUAUUUAAUGUUCCGAUUUUCCCUCAAAACGAGUCUUUCGGAAAUUCGCUCAAUUUUUUCUUUCCGGUGAAAUUGGUCAAUUGGCGCUUUUCACCCUGUUCAGAAAAAAGACUCGCAAAGAUGUAAAUUUUAUGACUGUCGAAGUGAAGGUAAGCUUAUUAAUAAUUUAUGAACGAUAAUGUUGAGAAAAAAGCUAUUGAUUUAUUAAUCGUUUUCGUCUCUGUAGGGAUGCUGAAGAUGCAGUAAGAGGAAGGGAUGGAUAUGAAUUUGAUGGUCAAAGAAUUAGAGUGGAGUUUCCUCGUGGUGGACGUGGGGGUAGGUCGGGUGGUGGUGGAGGAGGAUUUGGUGGUGGCGGUGGUGGUGGUGGCGGCGGCGGCGGAUAUGGAAGGGGCCCUCCUCCACGUCGCUCUGAGUACCGUGUCUUGGUAUCUGGACUGCCUCCUACUGGUAGUUGGCAAGAUCUCAAGGACCACAUGCGGGAUGCUGGUGACGUUCAGUUUACUGAUGUCUUCAAAGAUGGCACUGGUAUUGUGGAGUAUUCUCAUUAUGACGACAUGAAAUAUGCCCUGAAGCAUCUUGAUGAUUCCAAGUUCCGUUCGCAUGAGGUAUGCAAUUCCAUUAGAUUACUCUUUUGCUCGAUCAAUGUGACAACAAGGAUUUUGUGAAAGUGACUAUUUUAAUAUAUUAUACCUUUCUUUAAUCCUUUUAGGGUGAAGUUGCAUUCAUUCGUGUCAAGGCAGACAGUAGGAGCCACGGUGGUGGUGGUAGUGGUGGAGGUGGAGGUAGAUCUCCAAGCCGAAGUCGAUCACGUUCAAGAAGUAGAACUCCGAAAAGGAGAUCCCGCUCCCGCAGUCCACGUCGAUCAUAUUCACCAAAGAAAUCCAAGUCCCCUUCAAGGUCACCAAAGAGAAAGAGAUCUGCUUCUCCAAGGCGUUCCAGAUCACGUUCUCGCUCACGUUCAUAAACAUUGCCAGUGUUUUUCCUUUUAUGUAUUUUUCUCUCUUUUUUUGGCUUUGAAGCACAGAAAAGUAGUUGCUUGUAGCAUUUUAUUGUUUAUAUUAAUUUUGUGGUCAUGUGCCUUUUUUACUCUUCCAUGAUGUCAUUUUCAGGGUGGCACAAGCAAUUUGUGAUUAUGGAAAGGAAAGCUAGGAAACAAAACAACUGUCUGUAGAUGUUUCUGCACUAGUCUUGCUAAGGAUAUCACAAACUGGAUAAGGAAACAAUGACAUAUGGAAACAGUAGGAACAAUUGGACAUAGGACAUUUUCUUCGGACAUGGUAUGCAUGGCUUCUCUUCAAAAAUACAAUGCUCCAUGAAAAAAUGUGCCACUUUUUAAAUCCACCCAAAUAAGCGAAGUGCUGAAUUUCAAGUAGGAGAGUUAUAAAUGAUUCAUUUAAAUGUAGAGACCAACUAGUUUGUUUCAUUUUAUUUUCACUUUUGGUAUCUUAGGAUAAAUCUGUACUUUAAUGCAAGAAUAAAGCAGUUCAGCAGAUUUCUCUGGAUGGUUUCUGUAAGAUCUUAGUGACAAAUCAUCUCAGAAGAAAAGUGUCACUAAAGACCACCAAAAGAACAUGAGAGUUCAUCAUAGGAGAGUUGUAGCUCAAGUUUAGUCGUGUGAUUAUUUUUAGUUAGCUGUUUUGACUAACCUGUUGGAUAUGAGAGAUGGAUGUGCCCGAAAGUUCAACAGUAUUAAUUUUCUUAAGGGUAAUUUUGCUUAGAGGGUCAUAAGUAGCCUGCCAGCAAAGGCACAGCUUUUAGGGUGGGAUAAGAAGAGUUGAUGAAAAGUCUUGUGCAAGUGUAUUGACAAGUUAACUUCUUUAUAAUCCUAUGACAGAUCUAACGCUGUCUGGAGGAAACCGGAUCCUCUCAUGUCAGUGUCAGGGAUCACGGAUUAGGAUAGGAUCUGGAGAUCACCUCCAGUACAGUUUUGGGACAGAACAAUGGAAACUAUCAGGAGUCAAAAUUUUGGAUCUCUGUCACAUGCAAAGGAUUUGGAUGUUAACUGGUUUCAACAUUUUUGGAGGAAAGUCAGGAGGAAAACAAUCACUUUCUUUCAAUUAGGGUUCUCACAAAGCACUGUAGUGUGGAGGUUAACAUCAUUGUGGUAUGACAAUUCAGUCUUGAUGAAAUUUCCAUGAUGGUACCUUUCCUAGACUUUUCUUUUAACUUGCAAUUUAAGGCUGAGGUUUGCUUCCCAAUUGGUUUCCAGUCACUCCUGCAUUCCCCAUUGCCCUUGCAUGCGUCACCCUGAAGGUUAGGAUAAGUACCCUUCCAGCUAGUCCUUUUUCAAGGAAAUGCCCCCCUUGGGAAUUUGUUUUUACUAACCUUUUCACUUCAGGAGCACCAUGGCCUUGGAUUUUGUGCAGAUAAGUAAUUGAAGGCAAAAAGACAAGUCAAGCUUACUUUUGCAUUAAAAACUAAAUUCUUGAUUACCAUUAAAAGUUUUCUUCAGAUGAACAUUUUCUGUCUGUUGUUUUCUUUGUUUGGG